AUGUCCGAGGAGCUGGUGCUGAAGGAAGGCCAUCAAGUCGACGACUUUGCCGUCGAUCUUGAUGAAGCUCAGGACACACUGAAUCUCGUACCAACGGGUGAACCACCGGCUUACGCAGAUCCACCCGCGUAUUCAACAUGCCCACAGGAAGACAUCGCGCUUAGUUCAACUCCGCCUGAACACGCGACUGGCCGACUUCAUCCACGUGCCGCGGUCAUACUGGGCCUUAAAACACAUUGGCACAAAUGGCUUUUCUUCUGCCGUCUGCUCUCCGUCGCUCCUGAGUUGAGAUUUGGCAUUCCAAUACUCUGGAAAUUGGCUUCUUUCCUCCUUGGAGAUCCAACUACACAAAAGGCUUUCAGUGAGCAAGGUGAUCCCGACUAUGUGUUUGUGGAGGUCAUGGUGGCUGCAUUAUGGUGUGCUGUCUCCGGCUACGUUUCUUUUUUCUCUAUGGAUCUCCUAAUGGUCAGAUGGCUUUUCCAUUACACACCUAUUGCAUCUAUUAUCCGUCUGAUCACCGCGAGCUUCAUCUAUUACGUUGGCACAAAUGUUGUGUUGGAGUACUCCAAUUCUGGGGAGAACCCAAGAAACUUGCUUCCUUCAUGGAUAUUGGUUGCGACGGUUCUGGCGAUGGUAUAUCUUACGAUGCACGACCGUGCCGCUAUUAAGCGUGAAGACCGAUCAAUGCCCGUAUUUGCAUGCGCUUCUUUCAUUACGAUGUGCAUCUUGGUCGGCUUAUUGCAUCUUCAGACAUAA